AUGCUUUCUAGGUCGUUGUUGAGGUCUAGAGCUGUGGGAGCUUUCCCCCUCUCUGCGAGGAGCAAUGGACGCUUCUUCUCCGCCUCUGCCCUCCGCGCCGAUGACAAGAUCAACAAGGUCUCCGCCAACAUCACCCAGCCCAAGGCCCAGGGCGCAUCCCAGGCUAUGCUCUACGCCACUGGUCUCUCAGAGGAUGACAUGAACAAGGCUCAGGUUGGUAUUUCGUCCGUUUGGUACGAGGGAAACCCUUGUAACAUGCACCUUAUGGACCUCUCCGCCGUCGUCAAGGAGUCCGUCGCCAAGGCUGGUCUUAUUCCCUAUCGAUUCAACACUAUUGGUGUCUCUGAUGGUAUUUCCAUGGGUACAACUGGUAUGCGAUACUCGCUCCAGAGUCGAGAGAUUAUCGCCGAUAGUAUUGAAACUGUCAUGAAUGGUCAGUGGUAUGAUGGAAACAUCAGCUUGCCUGGCUGCGACAAGAACAUGCCUGGUGUCGCCAUUGCAAUGGGCCGUGUCAACCGUCCCAGUAUCAUGGUCUACGGUGGUACCAUUCGUCCUGGCUGCACCAAGCAGGGCGAGUCCAUCGAUAUCGUUUCCGCUUUCCAGGCCUACGGUCAAUACAUCACAGGCGAGAUCACCGAGGAGCAGCGAUUCGACAUUAUCCGAAACGCCUGCCCUGGUGGUGGUGCCUGUGGUGGCAUGUACACUGCCAACACCAUGGCCACCGCCCUCGAGACUCUUGGUCUCACUCUUCCUGGUAGCAGCAGCAGCCCUGCUGAGGAUCCUAGCAAGAAGGCUGAGUGCGAGAGCGUUGGACCUGCUAUCCGCAACAUUCUCAAGGAGGACAUUCGACCUCGCGACAUCAUGACUCGCCAGGCCUUCGAGAACGCCAUGAUCGUCACAACCAUCCUUGGUGGCAGCACCAACGCCGUCCUGCACCUUAUCGCCAUUGCCGACUCUGUCGGUAUUAAGCUCGACAUUGAGGACUUCCAGAAGGUUUCCGACCGCACUCCCUUCCUUGCCGACCUGAAGCCCUCCGGAAAGUGGGUCAUGGCCGAUAUGCACAAGAUUGGCGGCACUCCCGCUCUUCUCAAGUUCCUUCUCAAGGAGGGUAUCAUUGAUGGCUCUGGUAUUACCGUUACUGGUAAGACCAUGAAGCAGAACGUCGAGAACAUGCCCGGCUUCCCUGAGGACCAGACCAUCAUCCGACCCCUGAGCAACCCUAUCAAGCCUACUGGCCACAUCCAGAUCCUCCGCGGUUCUCUCGCCCCUGGCGGUUGUGUCGGUAAGAUCACCGGUAAGGAGGGUCUCCGAUUCGAGGGUAAAGCUCGUGUCUAUGACUCUGAGCCCGAUUUCAUUGCCAGUCUCGAGGCUGGUGAGAUCAAGAAGGGUGAGAAGACCGUUGUCAUCAUCCGAUAUGACGGUCCCAAGGGUGGUCCCGGUAUGCCUGAGAUGUUGAAGCCUUCUUCCGCUAUCAUGGGUGCCGGUCUCGGAAAGGACGUUGCUCUUCUCACUGACGGUCGCUUCUCUGGUGGUUCCCACGGUUUCAUCAUUGGUCACAUCGUCCCUGAGGCUAUGGAAGGUGGCCCCAUCGCUCUCGUUGAGGACGGUGACACCAUCGUCAUCGACGCCGAGACCCGAGCUAUCGAUCUUGUCGUCCCUGAGGAGGAGGUUGCCCGACGUCGCAAGGCCUGGAAGGCUCCCGCUCCUCGAUACACCAAGGGCACACUGAGCAAGUACGCUCAGCUUGUGAGGAACGCCAGUGAGGGCUGUGUCACAGACAGCGGUCUCAAGAACUAA